AUGGCUUUGGACCAAUCCAUCGAAGAUGCUGCUUUACUUGGAGAACUCUAUGGAGAAGGUGCAUUUUGUUUCAAGAAUACGAAACCAGACCCCAUCACAGUCUCGGUUCCUUCUGAUGAUACCAGCGAUGACUCGAAUUUCGACUGCAACAUUUGCUUAGAUUCGGUGCAAGAGCCCGUUGUGACGCUCUGUGGUCACCUCUUUUGCUGGCCCUGCAUUCACAAAUGGCUUGAUGUACAGAGCUUUUCAUCGAGUGACGAAUACAAAAGACAUAGAGAGUGUCCUGUUUGUAAAUCCAAAGUGUCUCACUCUACAUUGGUGCCUUUGUAUGGCAGAGGCCGUUGCGAUACUCAGGACAAAAGUAAAAGCGGUGUGCCUAGAAGACCCGUAGGACCGGUUUACAGGCUUGAGACGCCAAAUUCGCGUUAUUCCAGUACCGAUUUGCGGUUAUCACAACGGGUUCAUUUCAAUAACCCGCAGCAAGGUUAUUACCCUGUCUCAGGGGUGCUGAGUUCGAACAGUUUAUCAUACUCUGCUGUUCUGGAUCCUGUGAUGGUUAUGGUUGGAGAAAUGGUAGCUACGAGGUUGUUUGGAACACGAGUGAUGGAUGGUUUUACUUAUCCGGACACUUACAAUCUCGCAGGGACAAGCGGGCCUAGGAUGAGAAGACGGAUAAUGCAGGUGGAUAAAUCGCUUGGAAGAGUCUUCUUCUUUUUCAUGUGUUGUGUGGUUCUGUGUCUUCUACUGUUUUAG